GUGGCUGAAUGACUGAGUACAGCAGCAGCUGGGACCGACUGCUUGAACACAGAAUCACAGACAUUCGACACACACACGAGCACACACACGUCUUCUUAGUCAGUCCUGUAGCUGCAGCAAACACAGCAGAAGCUCCUCUAAAGUUGUGCAGUAGCUCUGAUACAAUAGCUUUGUAUUUAUACACACUUUUUUUAUUUUAUUUCAACACUACGAUACAUUUAAGGAGGACGUUGUUGUAGAGGACAUUGCCAGUGCUUUCAUUGAAUCUAGUUUUGAUGAGGAGGAGGAAUCUCUUUUGAUAGUCUUUGAUUCUUUGUAACAGCCCUUCUUUUCAUAUGUUACUUUGCUUUGAAGAAUUGUCUUUCUUUUUACUCACAACAACUGCAUCCAGCGACUUGGCGAUCAUUAAAGAGGAUUACAUUGUUCUGUUCCGCGGAUGUACAGACUUGUGACACCUGGACUCAGCUGUAGCUCACUUCCUGCUUCUUUGUUUUUGUCUUUGCGCCUGAGUCUCAUUCCGAGUAAUUUCCCAGUUUGAUCGCUAUGCUGGAACACCUGCCUCGUGUCCGCAUUGACCCUGCCCCCCUCAGGCCUCCGCCAAUCGUCAGGAACAUGGAUGAGAGAGCCCUGCGGUUUGAGUUAGAACGCCAGGCCUGUCAGAGCCUCAGACAAGUUCUCCAGCUAAAGCUACAACAGAGGAGAUCCAGAGAGGAGUUGGUCAACCAGGGGAUCAUGCCGCCCCUGAAAAGUUCAGCUGCCUUCCACGAACAGAGACGGAGCUUGGAACGAGCACGGACUGAGGACUACCUCAAGAGGAAGAUCAGGGCUCGACCGGAGCGCUCUGAACUGAUCAGGAUGCACAUCCUGGAGGAGACGUCAGCAGAGCCGUCACUUCAGGCCAAGCAGAUGCAGCUGAAGAGAGCUCGCAUCGCCGAUGAUUUGAACGAUAAGAUCUCCCACCGGCCGGGCCCCAUGGAGCUGAUCCACAAAAACAUCCUGCCUGUUCACUCCAGCAUUAAACAGGCCAUCAUAGAGACACGGUUUCCAAAGCCUUCGGGUGGUAACUCAUCGUGUGAUGAGGACAGCAGUUACAGUCUGUCUCCAGAGCAGCCCGUGAGCCAGGAGUCUCCUCUGGGCCUGUUACCUCUGCCCUCUCCAACAGAGACGCUGGCUGGGAGCAGCAUCCCGUCUCCUACACAGGUCUCUCCUCCUGCUCCGUCUCUUCCACCAAUCUCUGGAUCCUCCCCCUCAUUCAAGCUGACCAAUGGGACGGCAGCAUCAUCUGCCCAGAGGACAGGGGCGACUUCACAUAUCAAGUCCCAGCCUAAACCAAACUCUGCACAGAGACACAAGAAACCCAAGGACAACAAGCCAAAGAUUAAAAAGUUAAAGUACCAUCAGUACAUCCCUCCUGACCAGAAGGGAGAUAAAGAGCCUCCGCCCCAUCUGGACUCAUCUUAUGCCAAAAUCCUCCAGCAGCAGCAGCUCUUCUUGCAGCUCCAGAUCCUCAGUCAGCAGCAGCAGCACUAUAACUACCACGCCAUCCUGCCUGCACCACCCAAACCUCAGACAGAUCAGCAGCCAUCUUCCUCCUCCAAUUCCACGUCUACCUCCUCCCCACCUCGACCCGUCGCCGCCCCGUCAACAGCCCCCUCUAACCAGGGCGGUCACUGCCGUCAGAGUUCUGCUCCUUUCCGUGGGAUUAGACCAGCGUCUCUACCUCCGAACCUGGAUGAGAUGAAGGUCGCGGAGCUGAAGUGCGAGUUGAAGCUGCGCAGCUUGCCAGUCUCCGGCACCAAAAACGACCUCAUUGAGAGGCUGAGGAGCUACCAAGAGCUGAAUGGAGGCAGCGACAGUACCUCCUCUCUAACAGCAGGGGGUACCACAGGGCCAGGGGCUGAAGCAGCAGGAAAAUACUCCAGAACUGCUGCCACCACCACCACCACCACCAUCAACAACAACAACAACACAUCACAGUUUCAGUUUCAGUACCAUCAGAUAUCUUCUCUGACCGUUGAUGCAGGCAGCAGUGCAGCCACUCCUCAGCAGCUCAUGACCCGUUGUAGUGGCACCGUCACCCCCCCAACUAACUCGCUCUCCCACUCUGACCGCUCGCCAGGCACCAUGAGCCCAGAAGAUACCAGCUUUAACAGCGACCCCUUGGAAGAGAUGAUGAGUUCACCUCUCGCCCCGGUGAGCCAUCUGCCGUGUUCAGCUGCUCAGCUUGCAACCAGCAUCAAAGAGGAGUCGAAGUGUUCCACCCCGGCACCUUGUCAGUUCUCUUUAAAGCCGGCCGCUCUGCAGAAACAUUGCCUGGUCUCAUCAGCUGCCCUCGCGGCUACAACAACAGCUCUGGUAGCGACUAUGGACAAAGACAGGAUGCUGCAGGAGAAAGACAAGCAGAUCGAGGAGCUGACCAGGAUGCUGAGGCAGAAACAGAGGCUGGUGGAGGUGCUGAGGAUGCAGCUGGAGCACGGGAGCAGAGGAGGACCAGAGCCGCUGGUUCUUGUGAGAGUCAAACAAGAACCUCCCGAUAAGCCCAGCGUCCCUCUCUCAUGUGCUCAUCCGCCAUUCCCCCCUCCGCCAUCGGCCGUUUCAUGUGACAUGGAUGUUAUCAAGGUAACUGUCAAACAGGAAGCCAUCGAGGAAGAGGAAGUAGCGUGUGAGACGACUAUGCAGUUACCAGAAACUCACCGAUUACCGCAGUCUUCGACCCAAACUUGGGAGGUGCAGGAGCUCCAAAUCGAGCCAGAGCAGAUGAGCAUACAGACAAAACAACAACAACAACAGCAUGUCCGUCUGCAGCAAAGCGCUCUGCAGCUGGCCCAACAGCAGGCCAUACAGAAACUUUUGCAACAGCACAACAUUCAGAACCAGCAGCAGAUGAUUCAGAACCGCGGUCAGACGUCGGAGAGCCUGCAGAAGCUUUCUCAGCAGAGGAAGAAGAAGUCUCACAAACAGCAGCUCAAGCAGCUCCAGCAGCAGCAGCAGCAGCAGCUGUUGCAGUCACAACAGUCAAAACAACACCAGCAGCAGAUGCAGCUGAAGCAACAGAUUCUACUGAAGCAGCAAAAGUCGUUUUUACAGCAGCAGCAGAAUAAACAACUGCAGCAAAUCCAGAUACAGACCAAGAUACACCUGAAGCAGCAACAGGUGCUGAUUCAGCAGAAACAACAGGCGCAACAGCAGCCGCAACAGGUGUCUCAAGCGUCCUUCAGCCAGCAGUCAGGCCCACUGGAUCUCCUCAAGAGCGACUCCACCCCGACUCUGGUCACCGACAGCAACGGCAACCACUUCCUCGUUGCACUGACCAAUCACAUCACAGAGAACCAAAGAAAUGAUGCACCUGGGAACAAAGCAAUAAAUCAAAUCGCGCUACAGCGAGUACAGUCUGCUCCAGCCAAUCUCUCCGGCCACAACCCUGUUCAGCUGCCUAAAGCUGACAGUCAAACAAAGCAGAGCAUGCACGUGGAAUUUUUGAAGCAAGAGACAAAGAACGGGGAGCCUCAGCAGGAUGUUGCUCUGUGUUUGUCAGCACCUCCCAGUCUGCAGCCUUUCUUCAAUGACCAGGAGGCCGCCCCCUCAGGGAACAACACCUCACCACCUUCCUCUCAAACUGAGUUGUGUCCUAGUCUGGAUGUCUUGUUUAGUCCUCUGUCUCCGGCUUCCAUUAAGACCGCUGCCUCAUCGCCUGAUAACAAAGAUACAGAGCAUGAAGAUGAUUUUAUUGACAUCAUUCUGCAGACAGGAGAAAUGUCGACCACCUUUAAACCAGCACCAGACCCUUCUCUGGAACACCUACACCCACACUCCUCCGCCUCCUCUUCUCCUCCUCCCUCCCCACUCCAGCUGCUGCUAUCUCCCCCCAUCCCGCCCAGCUGCGACACCCCGCAGUCGGCCUCCUCGGUGCAGUCCGAGCUUCUGUCCGACACCUUAGAAGAAGAGAAACUACACCUCGGUAGCGCCGGGAGCGGACGCCUGGAAGACUUCCUUGAAAGCACCACGGGUAAGCCUCUCCUGGGGGUGGAGCCCGGUUGCCUGUUGACUCUGAUUGAUGACCUCCACAGUCAAAUGCUGUGCACCCCCAGCAUCCUGGACCAUCCGUCGUCUCCCAUGGAUACCUUCGACGUGGCGACGGAGGGGGAGCGAGGGCUGGACGGUAUGGAUUGGUUGGACUUCACCAUGGGAGGAGAGAGGGGAGAGGAAACCCCCACACUGUGCCCCCAGACACCCCCUAGUGUCUUUUCCACGGACUUCCUGGACAGCUGUGACCUGCAGGUACACUGGGACUCCUGCCUAUAGCCUGUAGCAGUCAGGAAACAAACACGGGGCUCACUUAUGCACAACAACAUGUAAUUGAUUGCUGAGGCUUCAGUAUCGGAUUAGAGCACUCUUUCUGUGUCUUCUCACACACUGGUGUAUUGAAUCUUCCAGCACUUUGACCUUUAUUUAUUUUAUUUACACGCUGGUUUAUUGAUUUGUGUGCAGACACGUAUUAGGCAGGUCCUAUAUCUGUUCUUGCUGCUUUAGCAACGGGUUUGUCACCACAUUAGAGGGACUGCUGUGCGUUUGGACCUGAGACACUUUCAACCGAGCCACGAAUCUGUUGCUUACAUAUAAAUGAAUCUCAUCUUUUCUUAACACCGCGUUACAGUGAAGGAGUAUAUCCCCUUAUUUGACCUUUGUCUAAUUAGGAGUGCAAAUCCUUAGUUGCCUUUUGUAGUAACGAUAAUCAAUAGUUUACCACUACAGCUAAUCGGUAACCAAAGUUAAGGUGAAAGACAAUGAUUUUCUAGCAACGUAAUAGAUUAUAAGAUGGAGGGGAGAUGCUUGCCACAGUCCAAUUCCAUAAUUUGGAAAGACAUUUUAAUUCUGAAUCUUGUGUUUUUUGUGUCAAUUUUUGAAACAUUGUGACAGUUAGUGUCCUCUUUUUAGACAUAAUGUUGGUUCUUGUGCAGGUUACAGCACUGAAUGCGUUACUAUAGUUUGUAUUAGUAUUAACGAAACUGACAUUACAUACAUACAGCAGACCCCGGCUACUGCCCUGGAACUUUUCAUUCAUUUAUAUUUUCUCCAGUGAUAAAGUUAUAACAGGGAACUUUCAUUUUGUGUUGAUUUUGGCGGCCCCCUGUGGAAAAGAGAGGUAGUGUUUCCAUGAGUGCCACUGCCUCGUAUCGUAAAGAUCUGCAGCUGCCAGACUCCUUUUAGAAAACCUCUCAUUUUACUGCAGCAGUGUCGGACAGUCCGCCCGGCUCAGUCCUGGUUCUGGUACUCCCGUGCCUCCCUUCCCUCCAACGGGCCCAGUAAUACGGCCUGGGCCUCCAGCAGCACAGUGUCAGUGUUGGCUCCCAGGAAGCGUGCGGAGAGCUCGAGAUCCCGCAGCCGCAAAUGGACUCUGCUGCCCUGUUGCAGCGUCUCUCUCCAUCCGCUGGCCCACACAGUGGAACUUCCUGCCAAAGUGGAAGUACAGGUCGUCCUGGACCACGUGGAAGAUCCUGUCGACAACCACCUUUGUUUUUUUCCAGUCCGAUCUGGAUCAGCGGGGACCGGCAGAGCAGCGAGGCGAAGCUCUGGUGGUCAAAGGUCACUGUGACCUCAAAAAACACGUCCAAGGGAUGACACUUUGGCCGCGUACAUGCACCGUCCCGCGGGAGCUCCGACUGCAGGUCGAAGGCGACAGCGAAGCUGGAUCUGGGUCCGCUCCGUGGCGGGCUGGUCACUGCUGGAGGCCCCACCGGAGGCCGAGCUGAAGGAGUUUCUGGUGAACCUGCAUGCUGUAACCAAGCCCCCAGGAAGAGCACCGGGCUUUGAAGACAAUUUUACGUAGUGGCCAGACAGUGGAAUUACAACUUCUGGGUCCAUUACAUGAUGCCAUUGGGCCCAAAAAUACAAUUUCCCAUAGAUUUACAUUGGGAAAAAGAUGUCUGUAACUCAGUUUUCUGAGGUAAAUCAACUUCCAAUUACGAACACUUGAAUAGCCAUUAUUUAAAUCAUUAGGUUCUAAAAGUUCUAAAAUUCACUGACAGCAUUAUCAGAGUUAGUUCCCUUCCUCCGUUCAUGUGAAUGAGACCCAGACCGCGGCUGGAGCGAGGUCUUGGAGGCGGAGUUAAAGGAAAAGCUACUGCGCCUAAUCUAUGGACCCAAUGGAUGUGGAAGGCAGUCAAGCUUUUUUUUGCUUCAAGCACGACUGAGCAACUUUAAUAAGAGUGAACGGCAGCCAGCCUCCGAUGCUGUAUCCAGUUCUUCUGGGACUGUUUCAUAACCAGUUAAUAGUUAAUAGUUCCUUGUAGUAACUUUUAAUUGCUGAAGAUAUACAGCUAUCUAUCGUAAAAUCUCAUGGUGGUUUCAUUGUGCCAUGUGUCUGAAUCCCUUAUCUGCCAAAAGUACAACAUUUCUAAUUAAUUAGAAUUAAUUAAUUCUAACUAAUGAAAUUGAAGAGAUUUUAACUCAAAACUACAAAAUACUAAAUCAAAGUCUUGACGUACAAUGUUAGAAUGAUGCGAUAGUUAAAAGGUUUCACACAGCUCCCGUGUUACGGUUCAGUGACAUUACAAAAUAGAUUGAUCAUCUAUUUCAGAUUCCUGCAGAUAACAGACAAAGAGUUAUAGUAUACUGAUAUUUCAUAUUUGUGCACAUUCAGAAUGUCGUACGUUUUGCACUUCAAAUCGGUGCAGCCAGUUGUCUUAAUGUUUUAUUUGACACAAUGCGACUUUAUAGAUUUAUGAAUGUCUUUGGUUUGAAAUCUUCUGAAUGUAAACAUAACGGGAGUAAUGUCUGCGCAUUACUGCAUCUUACAUAAACUACACAGCUUGACUUGAGCUCUACACCGACGCUCACAACGCUUCAUGUCUACAUACAGUACGGUACCAACACGUUUUUAUAGUUAACAUUGGACACUUUUAGUCUUGAAAACUGCCAUACUGUAGUUUCUCCCUUUUGCGGUUGCACUUGUUUUAAUACACACGUCAUAUAAAAGGAAGGGAAACUCCUGCAGCUUUAUAGAUUCUCCACAAAUGCCUUCUUUAUAAGGAUUUUUGUAAUUACUUGGUUGUUGCUCUUAAAGGUGACAUUUGGCUGUCCUGUACUGUAUCAGUACUUUUACUAAGGGGGAUAUAUUUAUGUCCCUUUCCACUUCUGAGAUUUUACAGUGCUGUAAUAGACCAGUUUAGACACUGAGAAUGUAUUAUAAGACUUUUAGGUUUUAUCUGUGCAACACUCUGGUAAUACAGGUCUGUGUGUACUGCGACUAAUUCUGACAAAAUGUCUGUAUUAUGAAUCCAAAACCUCUCUUGAGGAAAGUUCAUCUUUUGAUUCACGCCAUCUUUUGCAUUUACUAUUUUACACUUUUUUGUAUUUGUCACCACAGACGUAUUACACCACACUUCAGGUUUUAUUGUUUGUCCAGAACUACCACUUUGGUUUUAUGACUUUGCUCUGACAGUCUUAAAGGAUAGGUUCUCACAUUUUCAAGCCUGCCUUAAAAAACAACAGUCAGGUUCUCAUAUGGAUAUUGAAAUAGUUUUUUUAUUGUUGUAAUAUAUAAUAAUAUGUUCAUACUGGCCAUCAAGAGAUCCCGUCCUAAUGCGCUUCCAAUGGAAGUGAUGUGAAAAUGUGAACCUAAUCUAUAAAAUAUUUGAUAAAGUUACUAUUGUGCAUCUAAACUCUUAUCAUUUAGUACAAAUACAAACCGAAACUGAUGUAUUCUUUUGAUUUUAAUAAUACAAGUAAUGUUUUACGGGAGUAUCCAGUAAAUAGUCAGGUAUCGUAUGUUAGACCUAAACACUGCAGACUCCGUUAUUUUAUAUAGUUACAAUCACAUGUGCGUGAUUCACUCACUUUCUUCUGUGAGUUUUUGUUGAUCUUUUUUUAAGGAUUUUAAGUGCCUGGCGUGAUGUUUCAAUAUUAAAUGCACUUCAGACUCUGACAAAUUGAUGAGGAUUUACAAAUAAGAAGAAAGUUUGUUUUUCUGCUGUAUUAUUCCUGCAAGUGUUGAGCCGCCUCAUGUAAAUGAUUGUGAAAGCAUUAGGAAAACUCAUUUUGGGGAAAAAUUGUUUGAGAUUUUUGUGAGUAUUUCUUUUUUUUUUUCUAAAAACAAAAAGGGGAUUUGUUAAUAAAAGAAAAGAUAAUUAGA